GUAGCACCAACAAUGUAUCGACCAAAGGAGUUUGGCUCAAAAACAUUCAGAUGUUCGUCUUUGAGCUUCGUGGUCCUUGCAUUCAUCAUGCGAGGACGCAGACAUGCUUGGAAGUCGAGAUGCUUGGUGUGUUGGGCUUUGCUUGCUUUGACCCAUCGGAUCUUUUUGACUAUGCCUCGCACUCAUCCGUUCUCCACCAUCCCCUCUUGUAGCAGCUUGGUCACUGGCUCUUCAUGGGCACGCAGCCUCCAUAGCUCACCUGUUUCAUUUGGCUCACUGGGUUCAUUGCACUCACCUGGCUCCCCAGGUUCAUUGACCUCAUCAGGCUCCUGGUACUCACUCGUUCCAUCCAGAUCGACCUCACCAGCUCAAGCUGCCCAACCCCCUCACCGUCGCCCGGAGCGACCGGUAGAGACGGAGACCGACGGCGCGUCCUUGGCGGCGGCCGUGCUGGGCGGUGCGGAGCUGGAGCGAAUCCAGGCGGCCUUUCGAGCCAAGGCACUGGAGGCGAUCCAUGUGGGAGACUUGAAACCGGGCAUCGAGCUGGAGUUGAUCUCUGCCUUGGAUUUGCAAACGAUCACGUGGAGCCACGUGCCAGAGAGCUUGCCACAGACGGAGAUGGACGCCUUGCACCUGGCCUUGGUCUCACGCUUUGGACAGCUGCUUGAGAGUUCUGCGGGAACGAGCGUGCCGAGCGAGUUCGACGCGCAGUGGGCAGCGGCCAUACAGCGGUUCAACCUCCAGGACCACGCAUCGAGCGUCGCAGCGCUUGGGGCCUUGGCGUCUCGGGUGACGUCGCUGGGUGGCUCUAUGGAGCUGGUGGCGGCGCUGGCCAUGCAGGGCUUUUGGCAACUCAGGACCGUUUGCGCCGACACCCUCCUCCGCUGCCAACGCCAGGAGGAGAGGCGUUGGAUAGAAGCUGGGCGCGCCAGCGCGCAGCUGGCGAAAUGGCGCCCAGGUGGCUUCCUCAACGCCGCAGAAAUCGCCGCCGCCGUGCCGCGGGUCAGCGGUGGCGGGGCUUACCUCCUGGCCGGCGCGUUGUCGACCUUUGGGGUCGAGGAACAGGACCUCACCCUACUGAUGCCUGGAGCGGCGGAUGCGCGCAAGGCCUUCGCGCUCAGCCAAGUGACCUCCAUCGAAGCUCUGCAGCGCUUGCCCACCUACACCGCCGUUGGCUUCAACUUGGGCGUGCUCUUGGGUUAUGAUCUCGGAGUUAUGACGCCCUUGGAAGGUGAGCUGGCCAUGGAGUGGGCGGGCGAUCAAGUGGCUGGUGCCACCUUCCGUGCACGUCUGGCAGGCGCCAGCAAUGCGGAGCUGACCACCGCCUAUCUCUCGGCAGCCCAGAUCUCAGCUUCCAAGAAGAUCCUUUGGCUUUGCUCCCCGGAACUCCUCGAUCCCUCCACGCUGGGACCGCCAGUUGCAGCGUCGCCGUCGGGAAUCGCUCUGCGUGGACUCUUUGUGGUGAACAGCUCGGUGGGGCGGGAGCACUACCUCGAGAGUCCAUUGGCAUGGCAUGGGCUGGGUGGAGGGCUCACGAGGCUGGACCCUUCACUUGGCCCAGGUGCCUCAGUGGAUUUGACGCUGGAGACGUGCAGCCCCGAGGACUUUGGAGGGGAAUCCAUCGCUCAGGUGCCUCAGCGAUUGGAGGCUCUGAGCCGCUACGAUUUCAUCGCGCCUCGGAGGCCGUCAGACUCGGUGGAGGUCUUGGGUGGCGGCAAGCGCACCAGCAUGACAGAGCAUGAGGGCUGGAAGGAGAUCCUCAAGCGCUUGAAGGUUCCACUGCUGGGCAUUUGCCUAGGAUCGCAACAGCUGACGCGGGCGCAUGGGAUGAAGCUCAGCAAGCUGGAUCGCAAGUAUGUUUGCACACGGCCAUUCAUGAACUUGGCAUCCAACGGCGAGCUUUGCUUCAGUCAUGAGUUUGGCACCUACGUGCGUCAGUUCAAGGGGCGAAAACACUUCAAAGUCAUUUGGUCCCACAAGCUCAUGAAUUCAGAGGGAAAGGAGGUGGACAUCAGCAUGCUGUACGAGUACCAGGAUCCCUCUGGCAAGUACAUGCUGGGCUGCCAGGGUCAUCCCGAAAAGCCGGCCACCGAGCCCUCCGUGCGGCAGGAGCUCUUCGGGCGCUUCUUCCGGGCAGUGGAGCGCGUGCGCACGCGCGGAGGCUCCGUGCGUGGGAGCGAAGAGUUGGAGCAGGUGGAGGCGGUGGAGGGAUCCAAUCUUCUGGAUGGAUGCGAUGUGGAGAAUGGAUUGAAACUGGAAGAGGAAUGCGGAAUUGGAUGUGACGGAUCUUUGAACCUGGAAGAGGACGAGGGAUCUUCGGUGGAUCAAGGUGAAGAUGAUGGAGGAGAUGGAGAUGACAUUGAGUCAUCUUGA